AUUAUAAUGACUCACUUCAUAGGUGAUGAAGUCUCACAACACUCUCUCUUUCAUGAAAUCAUAAUAAUGAAGUGAAGUCUCAUUACUUACUCUCUCUUCAUACCAUUUCUCCUUCUCAACCAACAAAACUCUCUCACCCACCAAAGAAGAUGAACAACGUUGAUUCAACUCUACUAUUCCUUUGCUUCUUCUUCUCCAUCUCCUCAUCUUCUCAUGUGCAUCUCGCCGGUGCAAAACAAACCGCCAGCAACAUCACGGCAUCGUCAGAGAAUCCAUUCACACCAAAAGCCUCAUUGAUACGUUAUUGGAACAAUCACAUCAACGGCGACUCACCAAAACCUUCUUUUUUCAUUUCCAAGGCCUCUCCACUAACACCCGUCGACUCCACGCGCUUCGCCUCACUCGCUUCUAAUCACUCCCUCCACACGCGCCACUCCGAUUUCUGCUCCGCCGCGAAACUCUUCUGCUUCCCUGAACUCGCCGCUCAUUCCCUAGAAAAACACGGCGAUGACGUCGACUUCGCCGCGUAUAGCGGCAAGAACUUCACAAACUACGGCUCCGACCGUCUCUCCGGAGCCGACUCUUUCAAAAACUAUUCCGGCGGUGAUAACAUCGCCGUCGACUCGUUCCGACGUUACAGCCGCAACUCCGCCGGACACGACGAAGGGUUUACAACUUACGCCGGAGAUGUCAACGUGAUGAAGUCUCACAACACUCUCUCUUUCAUGAAAUCAUAA